GAUCAUGGGCGAAAAGGAGGGCCGCAAAAAGGAGGAGGUUGGGGUCCUCGUGGGGGAUAAAGAUAUCUCCCUGCUUCUGGACACGGCGAAAACCUACUUCCACCCGGAGGUGGUUCCGCCCUUGAGGAUAGACUACAGCGAAACCUGGUCAAUGCAAGUGCAGAAGUUCAUGCUUGGCAAGUGUGUGGAGCUGUAUGUGGUACAUGACGUACAUGGGCGCCUGCGUAAGAUCUUCGACCAUAACGGCAAGAUCUUCGACGGCGAAGUACCCGAUCCGAAGAGUUAUCCUGGACAUGGACGCCCGAUCUUCGAUGGUGACGGUAAGAUCUUCGACGGCGACAUCCCCGACCCCAGCGACUUUCCUCUGACGAUCUCACAGGAUCCCAAGCAGCGACCGAGGGUGCCAAACUUCCUGGCUGUGGCCAUGAAAGACCGCUGA